AGGCUGGAGGGCAGUGGGGCCGGGUGGGUGUGCUGAGGUGCCCGUGGCUGCUCUCCCCGCAGGCUCCCUCAGCACGCAGUGCGACAGCUACGGCCAGUGCAGCUGCAAGCCCGGCGUCAUGGGCGAGAAGUGCGACCGCUGCCAGCCGGGAUUCCACUCGCUCUCCGAGGCUGGGUGCAGGCCCUGUUCUUGCGAUCUGGCUGGCAGCACAGGGGAGUGCAACGUGGAGACGGGACGGUGUACGUGCAAGGACAACGUCGAAGGAUUCCACUGUGAGAGAUGCAAACCUGGAUUUUUCCAUCUGGAUUCCUCCAAUCCACGGGGCUGUACUCCCUGCUUCUGCUUUGGACACUCGUCAGUCUGCACCAGUGCUGUUGGCUACAGUAUCUACAGCAUCACUUCCAACUUCCAGUUUGGGGAGGACGAGUGGCGUGCUGAGCAGCGUGAUGGCUCCCAAGUCUCCCUUCAGUGGAGUGCAGAGACCCAGGAUAUCUCCGUUAUCUCCGACAGCUACUUCCCCAUAUAUUUUGUUGCCCCACGCAAGUUCUUGGGCAACCAGGUUUUAAGUUAUGGGCAAAAUCUGACCUUCACCUUCCGCGUGGACAGACGGGACACGCGCCUCUCUGCGGAGGACCUGGUGCUGGAAGGGGCUGGGCUGAGGGUGUCUGUGCCACUCAUCGCCCAGGGCAACUCUUACCCCAGCGAGAACGCGCUGACCUACACCUUCAGGCUCCACGAGGCUACAGAUUACCCAUGGAGGCCUGCUCUUACGGCAUUUGAGUUCCAGAAGCUUCUCCACAACUUGACUUCCAUCAAGAUCCGUGGGACGUACAGUGAGAGAAGUGCUGGCCACCUGGAUGAUGUUACCAUCUCAAGUGCCCGGCCUGGACCUGGUGUGCCUGUGCCUUGGGUGGAGAGCUGCUCCUGUCCUGCAGGAUACGAGGGGCAGUUUUGUGAGCGCUGCUCCUUCGGGUACCGGCGAGAGACGCCGAGCCUUGGGCCCUACAGCCCCUGCGUGCCCUGCGCUUGCAACGGGCACAGCGAGACCUGCGAGCCCGAGACGGGCGUGUGCAAUUGCAGGGAUAACACGGCAGGGGCUCACUGCGAGAAGUGCAGCGAUGGCUAUUAUGGAGAUGCGACAGCGGGCACAGCCUCAGACUGCCAGCCCUGCCCAUGCCCAGGCAGCUCCAGCUGCGCCAUCGUGCCCCGCACGAAGGAGGUUGUGUGCACCAGCUGCCAGGCUGGCACUACAGGCAAGCGGUGCGAGCUGUGCGACGACGCCUACUUCGGGGACCCGCUGGGCGCCAGCGGUGCCGCGCGGCCCUGCCGCCUCUGCCAGUGCAACGACAACAUCGACCCCAACGCCGUGGGCAACUGCGACCGCCUGACGGGCGAGUGCCUCAAGUGCAUCUACAACACCGCCGGCUUCUACUGCGACCGCUGCAAGGACGGCUUCUUCGGGAACCCCCUGGCCCCCGACCCCGCCGACAAGUGCCGAGCCUGUAACUGCAAUCCCUAUGGCACUGUGAAUCAGCAGACGAGUUGCAAUCAAGUGACCGGGCAGUGCGAGUGCCUAUCUCACGUCACCGGGAGGGACUGCAGUGCCUGUGAACCUGGGUUCUUCAACCUCCAGAGUGGACGUGGCUGUGAGAGGUGCAACUGCCACGCGCUGGGCUCCACCAACGGCCAGUGCGACAUCCACAGCGGGCAGUGCGAGUGCCAGCCCGGCGUCGCCGGCCAGCGCUGCGACCGGUGCGAGACCAACCACUUCGGCUUUGGCUCCGAGGGCUGUAAACCCUGCGACUGUGAUCCCGAGGGCUCGCGCUCCCUGCAGUGCCGGGAGAACGGCCGCUGCGAGUGCAAGGAGGGCUUCGUGGGGAGCCGCUGCGACCAGUGCGAGGAGAAUUACUUCUACAACCGCUCGUGGCCGGGCUGCCAGGAGUGUCCGGCCUGCUACAGACUAGUGAAAGACAAGGUGGCAGAGCAACGAGAGAGGUUGCAGGAGUUGGAGAACCUUAUAGCAAACCUGGGUACAGGAGAAGAAGCUGUAACUGAUCAAGCCUUUGAAGAGAGGUUGAAGCAGGCAGAAAGAGAUGUUAUGGAGUUGCUCCAUGAAGCACAAAAUAGCAAAGAUGUAGAUCAGGGCCUCAUGGAUCGUCUCAAAGACAUCAACAGCACACUUGCCAGUCAGCUCAACAGGCUGAGGAACAUCCAGGGCACGGUGCGGGAGACGGAGAACCUGGCAGAGCAAGCCCGGGUGCGGGUGGAGGACACAGAGGACCUGAUCAGCUUAGCUUCUGAUAUGCUCGAGAAGGCAAAGAUGGCAGCUGACAACGUGUCCAUUACACCUCCGGAGUCAAGUGGGGACCCUAACAACAUGACUUUAUUGGCAGAAGAGGCCCGUAAGCUGGCUGAGAGGCACAAAAAAGAAGCAGAUGAGAUUGUUCGCAUAGCCAAAGCAGCAAAUGAUACUUCCACAGAAGCCUAUCAACUGCUCCUGAAGACCCUGGCUGGAGAAAACCAAACUGCAGCUGACAUUGAUGAGCUCAACCAGAAGUAUAAUCAAGCAAGGAACAUUUCUCAGGACCUAGAGAAACAGGCCAGCAAGGUGCUUGCAGAGGCAGAGGAAGCUGGAAACAAAGCCCUGCAGAUUUAUGCUAAUCUCACCAGUUUGCCUACCGUGGAUUCCACAGGGCUGGAGAAUGAAGCAAAUAAGAUCAAGAAGGAAGCAGAGGAGUUAGAUCAGCUAAUUGCCAGGAAGCUGAAAGAUUAUGAGGACUUGAGAGAAGACAUGAAAGGAAAGGAGCUAGAAGUAAAGAACCUCUUGGAGAAAGGGAAGACAGAACAGCAGACUGCGGACCAGCUCUUGGCUCGAGCAGAUGCAGCGAAAGCCCUGGCUGAAGAAGCAGCUCGGAAGGGCAAUGGCACACUGCAGGAGGCCAACACCAUUCUUAACAACCUGAAAGACUUCGAUAAGCGGGUGAACGAUAACAAGACAGCAGCUGAGGAGGCCCUGAAGAAGAUUCCUGCCAUCACGCAGACCAUUGCUGAAGCCAACAGCAAGACGCGGCAGGCGGAGCUGGCGCUGGGCGGCGCUGCUGCCGACGCCCGGGAGGCCAAGGCGAGAGCUGAUGGUGCUGAGAAGAUCGCCGGGUCUGUGCAGAAGAGUGCUGCUGCUACCAAAGCUGAGGCUGACAAGACUUUUGCUGAUGUGACGGGGCUGGCCAGAGAAGUGGAUGACAUGAUGAAGCAACUACAGGAUGCAGAAAAGGAGCUGAAGCGGAAGCAGGACGAUGCUGAGCAGGACAUGAUGAUGGCAGGCAUGGCCUCACAGGCUGCCCAGGAGGCAGAAGACAAUGCAAGAAAAGCGAAGAAUUCUGUGAACAGCUUGCUCACUGUCAUUAAUGACCUGCUGGAUCAAUUAGGGCGACUGGAGACGGUGGACUUGAACAAGCUGAGUGAAAUUGAGGGUACCCUGAACAGUGCCAAAGACCAGAUGAAAGAUAGUGACCUGGACCAGAAAGUCUCUUUCCUGGAGAGAGAAGCCAGGAAGCAAGAUGAUGCAAUACAGGCCUACAACAGGGACAUUGAAGAGAUCCUGAAGGACAUUAGCAACCUGGAGGACAUCAAGAAGACCUUGCCUUCUGGCUGUUUUAACACCCCGUCCAUUGAGAAGCCCUGAGGGUGCACUGGGGGUGGGGGUGUUCCCCAGGGAGCGGUGGUUUGGCUAUGGAGUGCCUUAACACACAUUACCUUCUUCAGAUCCCCAACUCUCUGCUGCUCGCAGCCACUGUUUUCUUUUCAAAUCAGGAUAAGUUGAAAGUUUUUU